GGAGCCAUCCAGACCAUGGCACCCAGAAGAGCCCGGAAAAGAGCAGGAGGAGCCAGCUCCAACGUCUUCUCCAUGUUCGAUCAGUCCCAGAUCCAGGAGUUUAAAGAGGCUUUCACCAUCAUGGACCAGAACCGGGAUGGCUUCAUCGACAAGGAGGACCUGAGGGACACCUUUGCUGCCCUGGGCCGCAUCAAUGUAAAGAACGAGGAGCUGGAGGCCAUGGUGAAGGAGGCCCCAGGGCCCAUCAACUUCACCGUCUUCCUGACCAUGUUUGGGGAGAAGCUGAAGGGUACGGACCCGGAGGAGACCAUUCUCCACGCCUUCAAGGUGUUCGACACUGAAGGGAAAGGUUUCGUCAAGGCUGAUUUCAUCAAAGAGAAGCUCAUGACACAGGCGGACCGCUUCAGUGAGGAGGAGAUCAAGCAGAUGUUUGCUGCUUUCCCGCCAGAUGUGUGUGGCAAUCUGGACUAUAGGAACCUGUGUUACGUCAUCACGCAUGGUGAAGAGAAGGACUAAAAGGGGACCACCGACGCCCACCCCCACCCCAGACACACAUACAGAGGCAGCAAACACGGGGCUCGGGGUGGGGAAGAGGGGCGGCCGGUGAGGAGCCCCUGCAGCCAGCGUGUG